GUGGCCCAAGCCAUCAAAAGGAUGCUGCCAUUCAUGUGAAAGUUGUUUGUGUGGCAUGCCUCUGUAACCUUUUCCAAUUACUCGGGUGGUUAUAUGAAUUCCAUGAUGUUUGAAGUUUUUCAGGUUAAUUGAAAGAUUCUGUAGACAUCAAAUGGAAUGCAAGUGGCCAUAAAUUCCUGAGUGACGGUGAUUUGGUGGUGUACCUACUCCUGCUCCUGUAUACCGUUCAAUUUUACUCAUGGAAUAUUAGCCAUUCUAGAGUUUUUUUAACACCGAUUACCUUUUCAAUGGGUUUUUGUUCUACGUUUAUUGACAGCUUACAUUGGCGUCGUCAAUCAAUCCCGUCAAAAAUUAGAAUAAAAGCUCGUGCUAUGUUUUUCAAAUGUUAACAUUUUUAUUGAAUAUUCCAUUGUUUGACCCGGUGUUCUAAUUUUGUUAACGUGGCAAAAACCAGUAGAUUGCACAAAAAAUGAUUUUUAAUAAUAUGGUUUCUUUUUUAAUUCUAUUGCUUGUAAUAUUUGCAGACGAACGAUCUGUUGGUCUCAAAUAACGUAAUUUUUAAAAAUAAAUUUAAAUAAUUCAUUGUCAGAUCCCAGUAUUACACGCAUAAAUAGCAGCCAUACCAAUUUUCGUUCAUGCACAUACCUAAGUAAUACUUUACAAAUUCAGAUCGGUGUGAUUAGUGUUGGUGAGGUGCAUAAUCAGCGUGAAUAUCAUAGGUUGGUGGUGCCAGCAAUGCUUCGCGCUGAUGCUCUAGAGCGAGAUUAGUGAUCGCAGCGAGCAUGGCGUGCACGCGUGGCUGGUGAGACGAGAAUCUGCCGGCACGCAGUGAUGCCUAGCACCAAGAAAGCGGCACAAUAUCUGCUCAGAACUCACGACAUGGAGCAAAGUGACCCUGAAAAAAUGCUCCCUGUCGGCAGCAUGCACGAUGCUAAACUAGGGGCUACCUCGCUCAGGGUGUCCCGCUGUGGUGACAAUGAAAAAAUAAAGACUGAGCGUGCGUCAUCCAUGUGGCGCUCAACGCUGUGGGUUGUGGUGUUUUGUAUAACUGUGACCGCCGUGUACCGACACUUAACACUAUAUGUGCAGCUAAAUAAACUUGAAAGAGACUUGACGCAUCUCAUCGACAACUUUGAAGCUAAAGUGUACGAUGUAGUUCGGAAGAAAUACUCCAUGCCUUCGUCGGAUGGAAUGUCCUCUAACUUCGAUUCUCGAGAGACGCUGCCCGACUGGAGUGCCACCUCUAGUCGGGAGAUCCGACACUCGUUCUUCGACUCCGCCAACGACUCGUCGGCUACGUCGCUGCCCGAGAACCGUACAUCGCGGGGACGCUUCGUACGCAGUGCGCCCGUCACGAGCACCGAGCCCUCUGUCUCGACCAUGAGCUGCCUCUGCCCCCCAGGUCCUCCGGGGCGACGUGGCAAGCGCGGCCGCAAAGGCGACCUCGGGGAGCCCGGCGUGAUGGGGCCUAGUGGACCUCCGGGGAAAAACGGGUUUCCGGGCCCCAUCGGCUUGGACGGUCCCAAAGGCGAACCCGGUGAGCCUGGUCCUAAAGGCGCCAAGGGUGACCCUGGCUCUGGCUAUGAACUCAUCUCAAAGUCGAAGGGCGUGAAGCGCUCCAUCACGACGCUCGAGGGCGGCGCGCUCGGCUAUGCGGAGAUCAUCGCUAUAAAGGGAGACUCGCCCGAGUCUUGGCGGUAUCCUGAUGCUAGUAAAUUAGUUCUUAUCAAAGGAGACCCGGGUCCCCCUGGACCCCCGGGCCCCAUGGGACCCCCCGCGAAAGACGGUCUGCCGGGACUAGACGGGCGGGACGGCUACCCUGGGGAGCCGGGAAGUCCCGGGCCAGCGGGACCUGAGGGACCGCCUGGGCCCGUGGGACCGCCGGGACCCAAAGGAGAUGUGGGUCGUCGCGGGGUGCACGGGCGUGUUGCAAAGCGCGGCAAGCCCGGCCUCAACGGACCGAAGGGAGAGACCGGCGAGCGCGGACUGCCUGGCGAGAAAGGCGAGAAAGGUAGUUUAGGGGCGAUUGGCCCCAAAGGGAACCCCGGCAUCCGGGGCCCGCCCGGUAUCGAUGGUAUGCACGGGGAAUCUGGGCCUCAGGGCCCGCCUGGCCUGCCCGGCAUGCUGGGGCCCAAAGGAGAGAAGGGCGACUACGGGGACAUCGGGCCUCCCGGCCUCAUGGGACCACCGGGCCUCCCUGGGCCUCCGGGACUGCCAGGUCUGCAAGGCGACAAGGGCGACAAAGGAGACUCGGACGCUCCCGUCGCGCGGUCUGUGGCCGCUCGGCCAACUAGAGGGCGCUUUGGAACAGCGAACUCCUGGCAGGUUGAAGAAGUGGUGUCUGGCCCUCCCGGCCCCCCAGGUGUGCCCGGUCUGCCCGGUCUACAAGGCCCCCCCGGCAUCAAAGGAGACCGUGGUCUGGACGGUCUAAAGGGAGAGAUGGGUCUGCCUGGAGAGAAGGGUGACCCUGGCCCCAUGGGUCUACCUGGCCCCAUGGGGCUACGGGGGGAAAGCGGUAGGCCUGGGGACCCCGGCAAAAUAGGCCCCGAGGGGCCACCAGGACUCGACGGCUUCAAGGGAGCGCGCGGGGACCCCGGCAAGAAGGGAGAGAGGGGCGACGUGGGACUGCGGGGACCGAAGGGGGAGAAGGGCAUGAAAGGGGGGCGGGGGCGGCGAGGCAAGAGGGGGGAGGUGGGCAUGAAGGGGGAGAUGGGACUGCCGGGGCUCGAUGCCCCCUGUCCCACGGGUCCCGACGGCCUCCCCCUGCCGGGAUGCGGAUGGCGGGUCCCGCAGGCUGGUGGGCGGGGCGUCGAGGGACGCGUUGUUGUGCCGCACCCGCCACACCAUCAGUCGUCUGCUGCUAACAUCCUCGCGCCUGACCCUUAUAGCGACCAGCCUGAAGCUUAUAGCGACUCGCCUGAUGCUUAUAGCUACUCGUCUGAUGCUUAUAACAGCAGCACGCCUGAGCCUAACAACAGCAACACGCCUGAUACUAACAGCAGCUCGUCUGCAGACAAUACUAACAGCCUCCACUCUCCUGUUAACCCAUCUUCUCCGGCUGCUCUGCGCCGUACCCAAGACUAAGGUCUGUUGCGAGCUGCUCAACAGAGCCAUGAUAACAUCUUCCAUAAUCCGUGAAGAGGUCAACAGUCAAAGGCUUCAACGCAAAUCUCAUCGUCUUGUACAUAAUAUUCUAAGAAUCUUAUAAUUUUCAACAACCAACUCCACCUACGAAGAGAUCAAAUUUUCUGAGUAGAUUUCAUCAAUGAUGCGAAAGUGAUCUCGGAUUAUUAGUAUAAGAAAGACGAGCCAAAGCUACUGCUCGAAAAUACAAACGGGCGAAAUCCAUUGGACUUCCAAAAAUUCUUCCCUCGAUCCGGAAUCAUCGAUGUCAAUUUUAUAUAAAUUUAGUAAUGCUAGAAUCUUAACGUAUUCCAAUUUCUUGGAAAUUUUGUUUUCAUUGGUGGUUUUUACUGGCCUCGGAAGUGCUUGGUAUAGUAAACGGUUCAGUCAAGUGUUGUGAAUAAAAUUUAUAAGGUCACGAUAUUGCAUAUUUUGUUAUAUUAUUCAUCAUUCGAUUCUCCAAAGCAAUAACUGCAGGCUACGACCGGUUUGAAUUCUUUGUGCGGGUCUCUUGUAUGGUUGAUUUAAGAUCAUUUCUUGCAGUAUGUUCGCGCCCAAAUCUAGUUGCGCGAAUAGCUAGUUGUUAGCAUUCUGCAUUAAAUAUAAAAUCAUCAAUCUUUACGUUCCUGUUUCAAACUAACUCUUGAUUUUUAUGAUAAAUUAUGCACGGACCGGUUACUUUACCACGUGAUUGUUCACUUUGAACAAGUGAAUAAUGGGUUAAACUCUACGUCUUGUAUCAUUUUGUUAAUAUUGUUGUGUCAGUCGCCUUUCUUUUGUGGAGUGCCAUUACUGCCGUCUGUGACUAGGUUCAUUCAUUAAUGUGCUCAGAAACUAAUAGGUAACCGGGGAAAGUAAAUUGAGAUUGUAUUUUAUAGUAUGCGAACUGCCUUUUGUGUUCACGUCUGUCCUAUGUAAAUACCCAGUCAGGCCGUUGAAAAGUUCUCCCUGUGGCUUGAUAUGCUCUGUGUAUAUUAAUUUUGCGCGAACCUUUUAUUCUGCUUGGCGCUCUGCGAUGUUGUUUGGAAACACAUGAGCGCUGGUCAAUGAAAAUCUUGGAUCGUGCAAACUUGUAUUUUGGGUAAGGAAAAUUCAGGACUGUUUUUUUUAAUCACCUAUGUACAUAUUGUACAGACAGCUGUAGCGUGUACGUAGAUAUUAAGAUUUCGUUACAUUUGACUUGAAAUGAGACGUCGUGCCACGUUGUAGUAGCUUCCUGUGUUGAGUGUAAGUUGCUCUGUUGAUGCUCGCAUUAGAACUUCAGGAUAAUUUUAACUCUCUCUUUUCUUCGUGAUUACAAAAUUCAAAUUCGGAGAAAAAACUGGCUAGGGUAAUUAUUGUGUCUACCUGUACAAUAUUAGUGAUAAGCGCGUCCAUUUACAAGGUAAACUAUAUCGUUCUAGGCUACUUUUACGAAACUUUUUGAUAUUUCUAAAUUUAAGAAAAAUUGCUCCAAGUUUAAAGUUAGGAAUUUGCUUCCACUCAAGUCCUAUGUUGGCAGCUGUCCAUGGUAAUUUUUCCAGAACCAAUAUUUUAUUAUUUUUAGAAAUAAAUCCAUCACUGGUGAAAUUUUACAACUCGAUCGAAUUAAGUAUUGAAGGAACUAUUGUGAAUUGUAAUUUUUAUGCUACAUUUUUUCGAUCCCUCGUUCCGCAAAUUCACCGCAAUUAAAUAUAAUUAUCACAUGAAUUGUCAGUAUUCACUUAAAAUAUUCAUUUAUUUCUUAUGCUACGUGGCUCGGGGUCAGUGUAAAAGUGUAAAGAUAUUACAGCCAAAGAAAGCUCCGAGCUGGCCUGCAGACCGUAAUUGGGAUAUUGAUGAAUAAAUUACAUCCGUCCUAACAUUUGUUUGUACAUAUACGGCAGUGCUUGAAGCUACCUCAGUCGUCUGCUUUCGGUCGUAACUUCUUGAUGUCUUGGUUGUAACUUUGCGAUAUAGAUUUUGUUGUGUUGCGUUGUGAGUGUCGGCCAUUUGCAUCUACUUUUUGGCUGGCCUACAAAGCUUUCUGUUUCAAAAAUGAUUUCGACUCGGAGGCAUUCGUUCCCUCUGGGUAUUUCACCGAACUUUUUUUUUACUAAUCACGUGUAGCUUUAUCUAGGUAAUGACUCCCAUGUUGCAAUUUGUUUUUUUCCUGAUGCGUUUUCAUAGGCAUUCUAAUCAAUUAAUCGAAACGUAUACUAGUAUUCGGUCCAUGUGCAAAAAUUCGAAUAAGAAAUCCCUUACCUGUGCAGCCGUGGGUCAUAAAUUCAACUCUUAAAAUAAGCCUUGGAUUCACGACCAGCAGACAAUAACACACUACUCUGGAACAUUGCUAUUCUGACCAGUAACACACCACUUGAAGCUGACAGCGCCGAAGGCCUUCAGUUUACGGUUGAGCAUGCUCGCUCAUAAGCAGGCAGUUCUGCAUCCGGUCUCGCCUACUCCGGCGUACCCUCUUCUGGCCUAACCUAUUCACGCUGCUCGACUUAAAACCUUGCAGCCAAGCUCUACCUGCUCACUUGUCUGACUAGAGCCUAAUUAAAGGUUAGGUCCGCUCAGGUUUAUUGUGGGUUUAAAAAUGUUGCAAGGAGAGUAAGUUAGGCCAAUUGCAGUAUGACCAUGCUUACUUUGAGCACGCUAAAACAGUGUCGCAGACAUACGACACCGUGGCUUCAACUUUAAGCACAAAACCGAUAUGCCCUCUAGCGUGCAUGAACGCGGAAAGGAAUGUAAACUUGAGUGUUAGUUGUGCUAAACUUGCCUGGCAUACGUCCCAACUAUAAUAGACCUUUUUUAUAAUUUUAUCAGUAACGGUACUAUAUUUGCAUGAUUGUAAAGCUGAAGCGUUGUAGGGCGAUAAUUUAUUUGUUAAAGACUGAUUUUAAAAUCUUAGCUCUCUUUACCUGUGUCCGGCCCCUAUUUAAUAAAUGUCGUACUUCUACACCGAUAUUAUUUCUUAAUUGCAAAGCUGGUAGAUUUACGAAUUUUACACAUUUUUCAGUAGUCUGGUACUAUCAUUUUUUGAGUAUGCGGAACCUCUGCGCUAUGUCAAAUAAAUGUAUAUCAUAUC